AUGGACCUCGGCCAUGGAGGCCUGCGUCGCCAGGCUUUCUCCAAACUCGCGGCCCUCUCCUCAUUGCGAUCUUCUACCCGCGAAGCAGAAUUCAAGCGACUCACCUCGUCGGCGCCUCCCACAAAGUCCCAGGGGAACGGCAGUGUUCUCGAUGGAGUCCUCCGAGCUAUCGCACCCACUUCACGGGUACCCAUGUCCCCACGCGAGCUCGAUGUCCUGCUCGCGUUAUGCACGAGUGCACAUGACUUGCACGAGCUGUCUCAUGCCGACCGCCUAGUCAGACAAUUGACUGCUUACCUGCCCGAGUCACACUUGCAGGUAUUCUCCUCUUCACCCUUCAUCCAAGAAAUAAGACCCGCGCCAUGGACGGCCCUCACGUUCCAACUCACAAAGGCACUCCUCGUCCUCGGAAUCAGGUUUCCCUCCUUGAAAGACGCAGUCGCAUACAGUAUCAAGACGUAUACGCAGAAUUGGUCUCAGUCCGCUUCCGCAUUGGCCGCUGUGGGGGUUGGCGAGCAAAGUCCAGACGAGGACGAAACUCAGGAGAUUGCAGCGAUUACGGUAUCGUUGAUAGGGUUCCUUGACGCGGCGGCCGCCCAUGGGAACUUCUGGUCCCCCUAUGAGACAGUCGAACUCAUUCGCUGCUUGAAAGAUGCUUUGUCAGAGCGUUUCUUGAUAGCCGUGGAGACUGCCUCGUCGGCUAUCCGAAAUUCUACAUCCCCCGAUCCCGCCGAACGAGAUUGGAGAAAAUACUUGAAGAGGUUCGCCGCACAAGGGCUCCCUGUCGGAGCAAUGCUAUUACAAAAAGGAUUCAUGAAAUUGGUCCUUGCGUGUACAGCCCGAAUGUUAUGUGAUGAGCAUACAGUAGAGUGCGGAGACAUCCUCGAUCAGUACAUCGCCGGCAGUCACCUAAACCGAGUCAAAGAUGACGGCAUCACAGAUGACAUGGUCGAAUACUUGGUGGACAUUGUCAGUGAGCAAAUGAGCGUGCUGGAGGAUGGUUCAGAUUACCUACAGCUCAGCUCCGUCUGGCAACAGCGUCUCGCCUUUUCCGUCAAAGCAUACGCCGUGGAGGCAUACCUGCAUUGUUUGGUUCUUGACGACGAAAUUGCCGAUGCCGAGGACCUGGCCGGAUGGCUUGAAGACUCGAUUGCCAACCAAGUCCAGAUGGCAGACAUUGACCUCGCGGACAUAGUACUGAAAAGCAUGGCCGUGGUGGCCAAACACAUCCCUGAGGGCGCCAACAACUACGCCCGGAUCCUCUUAAGGUUCAUAGUCCGAGGCACCUCGAGACCACCAGCAGUUGCCAUCGCUGCGCAAAGCCUGUCACAUAUCUUGAGGAUGUUGUCGCACGAUGCGGUCAUCACAACAAUAUAUUCACUGGGAAAUGUUCUCAGUUCACAGACAGGAGCUGAAAAGGUUCACCAGGCCCAUGGCAUGUUGGACAUCACUGGCCAAAAUGGUUCCAUGUCAUCGACAACGAGACUCCGAACUGGAAGUGUGAUAUCGCUCUCCUUGAGUGGCGACGAAGAGACGUCCCUUGUCUGUGGAAACGUCGCAGACGCGAUUGUUGUCUUGGCCACCGAAUGCAACGACAACAAAAUAAUUGCUCUGGCACAGAUGAUGAUGCUGCAGAAAGUGGGGAGAAUCAGCGUCGUGGUUGACGCUCGUAUCAUUGAAGAAGCCGCAAAGCUUGCCACUAUUGGCAAGGAGAACGAAUUCAAGGCUUUGCUCAGACUUUACACUCGACUGCAUCACGAGGCUGUCGUCCAAGAGAAUGCCACCAUUUCACAAGCUGUCCGCAAUGGGCAAGAAUACUUGGCAACCAAUCUGGACAAUCGAUCACCACUAUUUAAAAUCUACGCGAUGCAGCUGCUGGAACGAGUCCUCAGUAAGGGGGAUGUCGUCGAAGGAGAGUUCAAGCAGUCCGCAGAAGUCGAACAGGCUGCGAAAGAGAUCGCGCCUCUUCUCAAGCCCCUAUCUAUUCUCGCUUCUCGAAAACCCGCACUGACGAUCGAGAGCACGCUCGCCGAAGACGGCGACGUGUUAAGCAUGGUUAGAGAGGUAUGGUAUAACGUGGCCGUGCACGGAAUCACUCUCCAGUCUCGGAUCGGCCAGCAACAUUACCAUGACUUGCGGGUAUUGGCGAUGAACUCGAUGCCUCUCGUGGAUGACGACCGUGCCGAGCUGUUAGAAUCAGACGUGGAGAUCAACACUGUCCUGCGAAGAGGAAUGAACUCACAUCACAUGAAUGACCAAAAGAAGGCUCUGAUCUUUGCUAUUCCCGAUCGUGAGUCUGACAUCGGCAAGUUGAGUUACCAGAAGGUGGUGUUUUUGAACGCUGUAUUUCUGGUCGAAAGUCUCCGGGCUGUAUCUGGCAGCUGUGCUGAGAUUCUAGACUAUUUCUCGGACCCGACGACACAAACAAGCCAUAUGGGGUCAUGUCUUGGCUCGAUUGCGAACGAGGUUGUCAAAAGAUAUACUUUGAAAGCUGUGGCUGGGAAGGACGACGACUUCAGCGCUCCCUAUGUGUCUCGACAACUCGCUCGAAUUCUAAGUGGGUGCUGCCACCGUAGCAGCAAGAUGCAAGAGGUUGCAAGGGCGGCAGCCAACCAUAUCAUCAGUUUCGUCCCUUCUGCUUUGUGCCAGAAAUCUGCGUUGUUCGCUUUACUGGAGCUACUCUCUUUAAUGUGGUCCAGUUGUCUCGAUGCAGAUACCGAUGAGUACGAAUGGCGGUCGACCCUCACCUCUGCGAGAGGCAAGAUCACAGUUGAACUGUCUGACGAUUACGCGUUCCGUAAGCGCACUCUUCAAAUCUUGCAUAGUGAUGCCAGAAAAUGGGUGACGAUGGUGAUGGGGGUGGCGCCGUUGGAUGUCAAGGGCCUCCUCCAAACAUACCUAUCUGAGUUCGACGAUACCGGGGCAUACGGCCACAUCUCAUUGGGCAGAUCGUUCGCUGUAGAGAUGGGCUCGAUGAUUCCUCCGACAGAUCGCAGGCUCAACGCUAUUGACCGAAGAAACGACUCGACAGAAAUUAAUAUGGCAUCCGAUUUUGUAGCCCAAUACACUGCUCGGCAAGAAUAUCGAUUCACUGGCAUUCCAGACCACCACCGCGACAAUAUCUACAUGGACGACACGACUGGGCGAAGGUCUUCCUUGCAGAGACCCAACACUGAUCCAAUGCCUGUUUUACAAGAUGCGCUUCUCGAUCUUCACCAAAGAACAAGUCAGAAGAUCCACGUCAAAGCUUUCGAAGUUAAGGACGUGCUUCGACGUGCAGCCGCCCUCCUCUGCCAGAGCAAGAAGUCGCAGACGGCUAUCGUGCACCAUCUGGUCAAUAUUCCUUUCGCCAUUUUCACGAAAGAAUCCAUUAAACUUGGUAUUUCCUUGUGGCUGGGGGUCAUUCAUGAGAACACCAGAAUGGAAGCCCGAAUCCUGACCGAGGUUGCGCAGGCCUGGGAAAAGACGAUUGAUCGAAAAGUCGGCAUUUUCAGUCCCAAAUUCGAGCAGCCCGAUCCAUUUUAUGUCAAAGAAGAGUUCGCCCCAUCCGACAGAGCUGCCCUGCACAAAGAAGCGCAAGUAGCGCACAACACCAUUGCUCCCCAUUUCCGGUUAAUACAAUUUUUUGAAAGUCACUUCAAUGCCAUCAGACUUGGAAGCGCCAAUACUCAACGGACGUUCAUUCGACUGCUUGAGCGGACUCUUCUUGGCUUUAUCCACAUCAAGGGACAUCCUCUUCUGCGCGACAUACAGUUCCACGUGGUCCUUUUUGCUCUCCGAGUCGUGAAAAAUAGUACAGUCCUCAAUAAGCUGUCGAUGUGGAAACUGAAAGAUCUUAUUCUGUCCGUCGGUCUGCAGUGGUUUGCCAAGCAGCCAUUUUGGUCUUUUGGGGGUAAUCGGUUACAAUUGCUCGCUGAAGUUCAAGUUAUGCAAGAGGUUCUAGUCUUGUUGCAAGGUACCCGAACACCUAUCUUCCCGGCAUCGGCGACCAGGAAAGACCCGCAACAGAGACAGGAGCUGUUGGAAGCCCUUCUCCUGAACGAAAUCAACCGGCUGAACGUUUGGCUAUCGCCUCUUGGCCAUUCGGGCCACCAAAUUCAGCCUGACUCUCAAGUUGCCGGCUUUGUUCGAACAGCAUGGGCAGAGGAUCCCGCGCUUGCCGUACAGCUUCUCGCACGUUUCAACAAUGACCAGCUUCGCCGCGACGUUCGAUUUCUGCUUAUGAACCAGCCGGAGAAAGCCUUGCACGAAGCCAAGGCCGUCGAUUUGUUGCUUGGGGAUACCUUGUCGUCAGACCUGUCCUUCCAGCUGAAGUAUUUGCUAUACUGGCGGCCGGUCAAUCCCGUUCAGGCUGUGACGUACUUCAUGCCUGCUUUUGGCAAUCAUCCAUUCGUCAUCCAGUAUGCGAUGAGGGCUGUGGAGAGCCACUCUGUCGAUGUUACGUUUUUCUAUGUUCCGCAAAUUGUACAGAGCCUGCGAUAUGAUACGCUGGGAUACGUCGAGCGGUACAUCAUAGAGACUGGCAAGUUCUCACAGCUAUUUGCCCACCAGAUCAUUUGGAACAUGAAAGCCAACGCAUACAAGGACGAGGACUCACAAGUGCCGGAUCCCGUCAAGCCUACACUGGAUAAAGUCAUGAACAGUCUGAUUUCAAGUUUCUCCGGCGAAGACAAGAAUUUCUACGAACGGGAGUUUUCUUUCUUUAGUGAAGUGACCGACAUCUCGGGCAAGCUCAAGCCCUUCAUCAAAAGGCCUAAGCCGGAAAAGAAAGCCAAGAUCGAAGAAGAGCUUCGGAAAAUCAAGGUCGACGUUGGAGUUUACCUUCCCAGCAAUCCGGAUGGCGUUGUGGUUGGUAUUGAUCGGAAAUCCGGGAAGCCGUUGCAGUCUCAUGCUAAGGCCCCGUACAUGGCGACUUUCCGGAUCCGUAAAAAGAAGGACGCCUCCAAUGAGGAGACGAGCGAGCUGAUCGAGUCGGCGCCGAAGACUCAAGUCGGCCACCCCAGAAUAAGUCACAGCCGCAGAAACACAAGCGACAUUUCCAACGUUGAACUGAAUGAUGGGAAUUUGGCAACCUACGAGGUCUGGCAGAGCGCCAUCUUCAAAGUUGGCGAUGAUUGUCGUCAAGAUGUCCUCGCGUUGCAGAUGAUUGCGGCCUUCCGCGGCAUCUUCAACUCUAUCGGUCUGGACGUCUACGUCUUUCCGUAUCGUGUCACCGCAACGGCGCCUGGUUGUGGGGUCAUCGACGUUCUUCCAAAUUCCAUCAGUCGCGAUAUGUUGGGCCGAGAAGCGGUGAAUGGUCUGCACGACUACUUCAUUACCAAAUAUGGCGGUGAACAUUCCGUGCGCUACCAAGAAGCUCGCAGUGAAUUCGUGAAGAGCAUGGCCGCAUAUUCUGUCAUCACGUACCUCUUACAAUUCAAGGAUCGCCACAAUGGAAACAUCAUGAUUGACGACAAGGGCCACAUCCUCCACAUUGACUUUGGGUUCUGCUUCGACAUCGCACCGGGGGGGGUCAAAUUUGAACGGGCCCCCUUCAAAUUGACGCCGGAAAUGAUUGCCGUCAUGGGCGGAGAUGAUCCUCAUACGAGUCAACCAUUCCGCUGGUUCGAAGAGCUGACCGUCAAAGCCUUCCUUGCCAGCAGGCCCUAUUGCGACAAGCUCAGUCAUCUGGUGAGCUUGAUGUUGGAUUCCGGGCUGCCGUGUUUCAAGCCCGAGACGAUGAGGAACUUCAAACAGAGGUUCGUGCUGGAGAAGAGCGAGAGGGAGGCAGCCGAGUUUAUGGUGGGUUGCAUCAAGAAGAGCGCAGCAAAUGUGACCACCAAAGUGUACGAUGAAUUUCAGUUAAUCACCAACGGGAUCCCGUACUAG